UCGUCGACAUCAGCUCUGCGUUGGGAAGUGGGCGCGGUGUCUGAAUGUGGCAUCAGAGAAUGGAACGAGGACUCGUACCUCAUUGCUAGCAACUUGCAAGAUGCGCUCAAUACAAAAGGUGGGUAUGAGACUGUAUGGCGCGACGAUGAGAAUCACCAAGCAGGUUUAUUUGCUCUCUUCGAUGGCCAUUUGGGUAACCACGCCGCUCGAUUUGCUGCCGAGAAGCUCCCCCAAUUCAUCUAUGACGAAGUGGAAGGUAUCCUUCGGCAGUCCCUCUUGAAACUCGACAACGAGUUUUGUAAGCUAUGUAGCCAGGAUGGUCGCGACUGGGAAUCUGGGGCAACAGCGCUAGUCGCGGCUCUGGUCAAUGAGCACCUUGUAGUUGCGAAUCUUGGAGACUGCCGUGGUGUUGUUGAUAGUGGUCGCAGCCGUCGAUGUCUUUGGAAACAAGUUUCGGAGGAUCACAGCCCUCUGAGGGUAGAUGAGAAGAAGCGAAUCGAAGAUGCGAAUGGCUGGAUAACAACAUGGGAGUGUCCUCUUCACCUAAUUUAUCCGGUGAAUCAUAGUCAUCGCUUUUCCCACGAUCUCGUAAGCAAUGUACCUGACUUUCAGACAAUUCGGAUCGGAGGAAAAGGUAUCUCGGAUGAGUUUUUGGUCCUUGCUUGUGAUGGCUUGUGGGACGUCAUGGACGCAGAUGAUGCAAUUCGAGUAACCCGCGAUCUUCUUUUCGAAAGAUGUUGGUCUGCGAAAAAGGCGGCGGCUCGUCUGGCCCAACUUGCCAUUCAUUUGGGUUCAUCAGAUAAUAUCACAGUGAUUGUUGUUCGGUUCUUCAAUCGGGAGAAUUAG